UCCAGUCAACAACGAGACAUCUUUUCCUGGACUCAAAGAAAGACAAGAGCCGAAAACAAUGAAGAAAGGAGAGACUACACCAAAAACUAAAGAAACUGAAGAACUGGACAUCGACCUUAACGAUACUGACCUCACUAAGGCAGCUACAAAAAUCCAAGCGUCGUUUCGAGGCCACAAAGUGAGGAAGGAAAUAAAAAACCAAGAAGAAGACCACAAAGAACCUCAUUCGAAUAAACAGGAGUUCGUCAACGAAGAACUCGAUCUGAAUGAUCCUGAUUUGACGAAAGCAGCUAAAAAAAUCCAAGCAACGUUUCGCGGUUAUCAAACACGAAAAAAUGUUGGUGAUCAAGACAAGGAUGAAAAGUAACCACUUGGUCGUUGAGGGCUCUGCACCAAAACCUUUACAUGUUCACUUGUCGAUUCUAGUUUAUUACUAGCUGUUCAUUUAACCAGGUGUCGUCUUUCGAAAAAAUCACUUCCAACUUUAGGCAAGAUUCUAUAGAAACAAAAGAACUAGAAGUGUGGCUCAAGAGACUGUUGGAAUAGCUAAUAAUGAAGAUAAAAAAGUAUAGAUAUCAAAUUUAAUUUCACUUUUUUUCACUAGACUGACAAUUAUUUUUAAGACAUUUUUAGCUGUACUUCGAUAACUCAGUUGCGGAUAAAUAUGAUAUUUCAUUUCCUUAUCAUAAA